AUGUUUUCAAUAUUUGUCCACCAGUUGUUUGUUAAAAUACCUCUAACACUCAUUUAUGUGAACUCUACCCUCUUACAAGAAUUGGAAACAUUUUUGGCUGAAAACUUGCAUUGCAACAUAACUGAAUUUAGAAUUGCUUGGUCUUGGUUUGGUCUCUAUAUCAUUAAGAGUUCCAGUCCCUUUAAUGCAUUGCUGAAAUCACAACAAACUGUUGAGGUUCUUGGCAAUGGUUCAUAUGACCAAAUGUUGAUAACAAAGGAAAGUGACUAUGAGAAUGUUGUUCUUUCACUUAAUCUUCAAACAUCAGAUAUUAUGCCCACUUUUCCUCAAUGGUUCCUGAUGUAUGUCGCAUUGUGA